CGGGCGGAAGCGGCAGGAGGAAGCUCCCCUCGCUGGGCCGCACCGCGCCGGGCCCGUCCUGGCCGGACAGGAGGAACGGAGGAAGUACCGGAGGCGGCUCCGCUCGGCUCCCCUCGCUCUCCAGAGUCCCAGGCUUCCCGGGAAUUGCUGCUAUUGGUGUAAGGACAUUGGUGUGAAAACAUCAUAACGAUAGUUCACCUUGAUCACCAGAACAGACUCCACAAGAGAUGGAAGACACGGAGCCUUGGUAUUGUCAGAAAGUAUACGCAAGAUACUGGAAGCACUAUGACUUAGCCAUGCGCUGGAUGCGUAGACACCAGAAAGCCUACAGGAAAGCCAUGGAGUCCCUUUAUCACCUACCAUGGCAUCCUUCUGCAGCCUCUCCAAGCGGCCGCUACUCAGAUUGGGAUGGGAAUGAUCUCCCACACACCCACAACUAUUUUUCCAGCUGUAGCCCACAUGGCAGAGCUCAGUACGGUGGGGGAGCUCAGCAGUACACAGAUGCCCACCAAGGGAGGGAGGAUGCUGACUGGGACUCUGAAAUGGAGGAGGACUCUGAGUCUGAAGGGGAGAUAGAAUAUGACUUGAGUAACAUGGAGAUCACAGAGGAGCUUCGGCAGUUUUUUGCACAGACAGAGAGGCACCGGGAAGAACUGCGGAGACAGCAGCAGCUGGAAGCUGAGGACCAGUACGUGGAAGCUGAUCAAGACCUUCACAAAAGGACGGGGCGUUCUGUGGAGCCGCCCGCAGAAAGACCUGGGGAGAGGCGAAUGGCAGAAAUGAAGAUACUGUAUGGUGCUGAAGCUGCCAAAAUCCAGGCGAUGGAGGCUGCCAUGCAACUUAUCUUUGAUAGAAACUGUGACAAAAAGCAGCCCAAAUACUGGCCCAUUAUUCCCCUUAAGCUGCAUAGCCUGCAGUGUGGUAGUCGCCGUCAGCAUUAACAGAAUUGUUCACUUCAGUCCAAGAAGAUACCACAUCCUACUGGAAUAAAACAUACCAACAGUUUAUAUUGUUGAAACUUUACCAUAUUAAAAACCAGUAAUUGAACAAUUUGGUUUGCUAGCUUAACUUUCUUCAUGCCAGGCUUUUGAAGCAUGAAAUGAUGUAAAACCACUAUAAUGCUAGAAAACAUACAACAGAAUCUCAAGUACAAUGCAGAUUUUUCUUUUCUAAUAGGGUUCCCAAAAUUAUAAUUGUGAAGAAAGCGUCGAUAAAAAUUAUGUUUGGUUUGUUGGUUUUCUAA